AUCCAGCGACCUAAAAAAAAUGACAAAGAGGAUUAGAUGAGUGGACAAUUUCUCACGUUAGGGUUUGGUUUAAUGUUGUGUUGUCUCUGACUCUUCUCUUCUUCUACUACACGCAUCUCAAGCUUUCUCCUUUUCUUCUUCCUCACAAUUAAGAUCUCUCUCUCUCUCUCACCCUUCUCUAUACGCUGUCGUUUUGAUCCCCAAUUUCAUCACCCUUUGCUCCAAACCCUAAAAUUAAAUUUCAUUUCUUUUUUCAAACCUGAGAGGGUAGUGGGAAAAAACCCUCCGAUAAUGGAUGAAGGUGGUGAGGGCGGAGAUCCUAUGGAUCAGUUCCACCGUAACGAAGCUAUAUCCGCUGUAGCUGAUGAUGGUUUUUUAGCCGAAGAAGACGAUGAUUACGAGGACCUUUACAACGAUGUUAAUGUUGGUGAGGGUUUUCUUCAAUCGUUGAGGAAAAACGACGAUUCAGGUGUUAAAAAUGACGCCGUUGAAGAUAAGAAGGUUCAAUCGGGUUCUGUUGUGAUGGAUCCGAGUGGGGGUUCGAUACCUGGUGUCGGUGGUGGUGAGGGAACUGCAGGUACUGUUACUGGAGGUGAUGAAUCUAGGGUUUCUGGGUUUCCGAAUCAAGGGUUUAGAGGGAGUAAUUCUGGAGGUGGAUCGGGUUCUGGGAUUGGGAGUGGUGGUGGUGGUGGGAUUAGGGUUGAAUUAGGGCAAGCAUCUGGAAAAUUGAAUGAAAUUGAGGAGCAGAGAGGAAAUGAUGGUGUUGCAGUGCAGGGGAUUGUGCAGCUACAGCAACAACAUGGCGGUGUUGUUGGGAGUGUUGUGGGUAAUGAGGGUUUGGUGAGACAAGGUCAAGUUGUUGGUGGCGUUGUUGGUGGUGGAGGAGGAAAUCUUAAUAGGGUUGGUGGAAAUGGGGGUGGGAAUGUGAUUGCUAUUAGUAGCGUUGGUACUGGAGGAGGUGAAGGUGGAGUAGUUGGUGGUGGAGGAGGAGGAGGAAUAAGUACUGUAUUAUUUGUUGGUGAUUUGCACUGGUGGACUACUGAUGCGGAGCUCGAAGCUGAGCUUUGCAAGUAUGGACAAGUUAAGGAGGUGAGGUUUUUUGACGAGAAAGCUAGUGGGAAAUCUAAAGGGUAUUGUCAGGUUGAGUUUUAUGAAUCAUAUUCUGCUACUGCUUGUAAGGAAGGGAUGAAUGGACAUGUGUUUAAUGGUAGGCCGUGUGUUGUUGCUUUUGCGUCACCUUUUACUGUUAAGAAAAUGGGAGAGGCUCAGAAUAAUAGGAAUCAACAGGGCAACCAAACUGCUGGGGUUAACCAGGGAAGGAGGGGCCCUCCUGAUGUGGGUGUUAAACCUGGUGGUAGUAAUAUUGCGACUGGUGGUAACUACCAAGGUGGAGAUGGGAAUAAUAGGGGGUAUGGUGGAAGAGGUAAUUGGGGGAGAGGGAAUAAUCCUGGAAUGGGAAAUAGAGGACCUGUUAAUCCGAUGAGGAAUAGGGGCGGUGGUAUGGGUGGUAGAGGUAUCAUGGGUAAUGGUGGAAAUGGAUUUGGACAGGGUCUUGGUGCUGCCCCGCCUAUGAUGCAUCAUCAGUCAAUGAUGAAUCAGGGUUUUGAUCCUGGGUUUGGUGGUCCCAUGGGUAGAAUGGGAGGCUAUGGUUUUCCUGGUGCCCCGGCACCUCCGUUUUCAGGGAUUUUGCCAUCAUUCCCCGGUGUUGGAGGUGUUGGGUUGCCCGGAGUAGCACCACAUGUUAAUCCUGCCUUUUUUGGAAGAGGGAUGCCUGUGAAUGGAAUGGGGAUGAUGCCCACAGCGGGUAUGGACGGACCUAAUAUGGGAAUGUGGCCGGAUCCAAAUAUGGGCGGAUGGGGUGGUGAGGAACCUGGUGGUGGCAGGGCUGGUGAGUCAAGUUAUGGGGAGGAAGCUGCAUCCGAUCAGCAGUAUGGUGAGGUGAGCCAUGAUAGACCUGGGUGGCAGAAUGCUAUGAGGGAUAAAGAUAGAGGAUCCGAAAGAGAUUGGUCCGGUUCUUCUGAGAGAAGGUACAGGGAUGAUAGAGAUCAAGGAUAUGAGAGAGAUGCACCUAGGGAUAAAGAUGCAGGGCAUGAUCCUGAAUAUUCCGAAAGAAAGCAUCGUGAUGAUAGAGAAGUGGUUCGAGAACGAUCUCGUGACCGUGACCGCGAUAGGGAAAAGUCUAGAGACCGUGAUCGCGAGCGCGAGAGGGAUAGAGAUCGUGAGCGGGACAGAUACAGGGAAGAUCGGGACAGAUAUGCUGAUCAUCAUAGGUACAGAGACCGUGAAGCAGAGCAUGAUGAUGAGUGGGAACGGGGACGAUCCUCUAGGACUCACAGCAAAUCAAGACUGUCACAGGACGAGGAACACCAUUCUAGGUCAAAAGAUGCUGAUUAUGGAAAGAGGAGGCGGCUCACCUCUGAGUAAUACUUUCCCUUAAGGAAAGGAAGAAUAGUUACUGAAUAUUCAGGAUUUGUCAUGGUUGUUUGGAUUUUCUGGUUGUGCUCCUCUGACCCAGAAGUUGUUGAGCAGCUAUUGUAUUUCAUUCACCUGUUCCAGUUGCAUCUUGUCAGGAGUAUGGUUCUGUUCUCCUGUGAUAAUGGGACAAUUGUUUGAGAAAAGAAACUGUUCAUUCAAACCCCUGGGUUGCUUUGGGGUUCAAGUGCCGUCAAUAUUGGAGAACCAAGUCAUGACAAUCCUUUUCUUACAUUGAGAAGUGGAACUUUUGCUAUGAAGAUAUUCACUUUUGAUUUGAAUUUAUGUUUUUAUUAGCUCUUGAUUAAAACCAAUGUUGUUGAUGUAAUGGGCUUAACUUACUGUGAAGUCUGAAAUGUUGCAGACUAUUUAGAACUUAUUGUUUGAAUGAUGUAUUAGGAUUUAGCAGAGGAUGUUGAUUAUGUGCCGCUUUUUAAUUGGCUCUUGUUGUAUCAUAUGUUCCCACCUUCCAACUUUUUUUGUUUUCUCCCUAACAUUUAGUUAGUAUACCGGUUGAGCAUGCCAAUUUUGUGUAUGAUGUAGAGGGCUAACCAUUCAAUUUCUGUAAUCAUUCUAAGCUGCUGGAGAUUUGUAUAUAUCACUUUUUCAUGUAUAUAUUGAUAUGUACUUUUCUGAUUACUAAA